UAUACAUCCAUGACUGAGUCACGUAACAUGAAAACAGCUCCACUUCCGCCUAGUCACACUUUGCGACAAGUCGUCAGAAGAAAUCGACAGCCAGUCGAGACCUAUGGCUCCCGUCGCCCAGCGUCAACUGUAUUAAAAACUGUUUUAAUUAUACUACACAUUUAUUGGAGUGGUGCUAUGUCUUCGGGGAUGACGGGACGCACGCCGUGCCUAACAAGCAGAUGGGAUAUGACAGCCCAACCUAAACAGAGAAGCAGUGAAAAUGCAACCCACUCGCUGUCUUUAUCAGGAGUCGUCGGCACUGCUGGUUCAAACAGCUCAGCUUCCCCGUCACAACAAGCGGGAGAGAAGCCGGCGCCUCAGGGAGGAGUUGAGAUGGCAGCAGCCAUGGCUGCUAAAAUAAAUGCCAUGUUGAUGGCAAAAGGAAAGCUGUUGACUCCUCCACCAUUGCUUGCAAAGACGCCUCGAAAUAUCCAUGUGCCAAACACUACGGAAGAAAUGGUGGUCACAGAGGUCGACAUAAACGAUGUACCAAUAAAUUGCAGGGAACUUCUUACUAAAGGCAAAACACAGGAAGAGAUCCGACAGUUCAGUGGAUCAGUCGUCUCAACGAAAGGCCAUUACAUGUCUGACGGGGAAAAAGGAAAAGCAGGACAAAGGCCUUUGUAUUUGCAUGUCCAGGGGAAGAACCAAGAUCAAGUCAAUAAGGCUGUGCUGAGGAUAAAAGAGAUCAUCUCUGAAGACCUGUUGAGGGCCUCGGCGGCAUCAGGAGGACAUCAGGUGCCUAUAAUGCCUCCGCUCACACUCUACCCUCAGCCUCCUCGGCCGGUCAUUUCCCCAUCUGCACCACGGAUGCCAAACACCAACUCAGUGCCAGGACAUCGGCCUGCAGCUCCUCAUUCAGGGAGUUUUGUGCACACAAAGAUUUUUGUGGGUCUGGACCAGGCGUGUCCCUCGUUCAACGUGAAUGAAAAGGUGGAGGGUCCGGGAGGAUCGUACCUGAGUCACAUCCAGGCAGAGACGGGGGCUCGGGUCUUUCUCAGGGGGAAAAGUUCUGGCUACAUCGAACAAGCAUCCAAACGAGAGUCUUUUGAGCCUCUUUAUGUCUACAUCAGCCACCCAAAUUCAUCUGGGUUGGAGUCAGCGAAGAAACUUACGGAGAGUCUGCUGGAAACUGUGAGACAGGACAAUGCCCGUAUGGCGUCGAUGUACAGCGCCACCAGUUCAACACAACCAUACGCAGCACAUGGAUUUCAACCUAAUAGCAAUUACUCUAGCCAGGGGUCCUGGUAUAACUACCCAGCUAAUGGGUAUGCUGGCGGCUAUUCAGCGUACUCAGGAGCCAGUGGUUAUUGGAGUAAUGCAAAUGGUCCCCCAAGUCAUUCUAACAUGUCGACAAACCCUCCAUCUUCUCAGGCAAUGGUUCAGUAUCCUGUGUGUCCUAGGAAACCAAAUCCCUAUCUCGACCAGGAUGCUGACAGCAGUGGGACAGUGGAGCCUGGAGGAUCUUUAGACAACCCCCCCGACUCCGGAAGUCCCAGACGUCAUUUCCAGGAGGGGGCUAAGGAGGAACAGCCUUCCAGCAGAUCUCCAGAGGGUCCUGUGAACCAAGAGGCGGCCCUUCCUGCCCCCAGUGUUGGAAAGGAGAAAGUAGUAGAAAGGAUUCUGAUGCCCCCUCCCCCACCUCUGUUUGUGGCCCCUGCCCCUGUUGCACGCAAAAGGCCGAGAGACACAGAAGACCCAGUCAGUCUGCCUGGCAUCACCGCAUCUAUGGGUAUGCAUUUCUUCAUCUCAAAUAUCCUGAGGGUGAUACUUCGGACAUGUCUGUUGCAUGUAGCUGCACCUCCCCCCAUGGAGGAGUGGAGGAGGAGUGGAGACCUGUGUGACGCUCCCCACUGGCAGAACCCACUAACGCACUUCUCCUGUAUAUGUCUUUUGUCUUUCCCUCGUUUUCUCUCUCAACAUGUGACCCUGGACGGCCUGUUAUGGAUGUGUGCUCUGCUGCCGUUUCAUUUGGUAUCUUCCCAUCCCUGGCUGUGGAUCAAACGAAACCAACGCUAACAUGAGGCUCCUCAAUGGGUUUCCUUUUCUCUUUUAUCUCGCUACCCCCCCCCCCCCCCUUCUCUCUCCUUUUCUCUGUCUCUUUUUUUAUUGCGUUCUUACAGGUGUUCAAGAUGAGAUCGGCAAGAAGACGAAAGUGGACGACGAUACGUCUGGGCUAGUCCCCUACGGAGGAGACUCCUCCGACGAAGAGGAGGAGAGGACGCGCAGCAGUAAGCCCGAUCACUCAUAACCCCUGCCCCCUCCCCCCCCAGUCCAGGAUACUCACAGACCCAAAGUCUCCAUUCGGUUUACAACACAGUUCUCAAACCCCGGAAAGGAAAAAUCCGCCCUUUCAUUUUCAUUCACUAUUUUGUCUUUUAUUUAAUUUAAUUGUUUUACUACAAAGAGGGAAUGCAUUGAUUGCUGAUCAUUUUCCAAGUAGAGUUAACCAUUUUAAAACUUGCAGAAUGUUUGGUUUUUUCAUCUCCAUCUGGCCCCACUUUAUGUAUCGCAUCCUUUUUAAAAGGCAGGGGACCAAACUUUACACACCGACAGGUUGACAAUCUUAAUAUCAUUAUUUUAUAGCACAGAUGAUUAUUAGUAAACAGGCUGUAAAUGAAAAAACAAAUACUGGUAUGGUCUUUGAAUAAUCACCAUCUCCUGAUGUUUGGUGCUUUCGUGGACUCUUAAGGAGGAAAGGUUUUUAUUGAAUGGUCUUGGUGUAGGUUUUGCCAUGUGUACUUUUUCUCUGUUAUAUCACAAGGGGUGUGAACCCGUUGGUUUCUCUAUAGUAUUGCACGCCUAGAUAGCAGUUGUAAAUAUAGAAAACCAUGCCAACUAUUUCAUUGUGCAUAUUUUUGUAGCCAAAUGACUUAUAAGCGCAGCACAUCUUGUGGCUUCAUGCUCAUUAGAGAUUGUAAUGGUUUUAGAAAAUAUAAGUCUUUCACCUUUGUUAUCGCUGUCUUGAUAUAAACCUUUCUGUCUUACUCUUAAGUGUCUGACUCCAAAACGUCCACAUACAAUUAUGAAAAGAUGGUCAUUUUUUUGUAAAGAUGUCACUAUUAAACAAAUGACUCCCUUUGAUCAGUGUGAAAGUAUUCAGGGUGGAUUUCCCCUUUUUUUUUUUAAGAGGUGAAUACUAUUGUAUAACUACAUAUUUUUUCAUUUCUUUAAACCAUCUUUUUGCUCAUCAAAACAAGCCCCUUUAUUUCCUAUUUUUUAAUUCAAACACUUGGUCUGCUGCAGUUACUGAUGCUAUAAAUACAUAUUGUAAAAUUCAGUGAAACUUUUUUUCUUAUCUUGGAAAAUGGUGUAUGCCUGUUCCCAUGGAAUACUAUAAUAAAGAAACACUUAUAAAUAAA